AAAAGAGUGCUCGAUAUUCGGACCUUGACUUCUUUCGACUUCUCUGUAUCCGUAUUGACACUUUCGGAAUAACAAAACGCCAGCCAAGCAUUUUAACGUUACUAGUACAUAUUAGUCUAACGCAGAGUGUUUGUCCCAGUGUCAAGACGGGUUGCAGUCCUACAGGGGGUAACGUAUAGUGGUUCCUUUUGCCCCUGAACGAUCCAACCCGCCUUGAUUUUCGACCAAACACUAAGCGCUGCACAGCGCGCGACUUACCUCAACAUUCUAUUACGCAUUUUCUAUAAACAUUAUACGUCACAUUGUAUCAAAACAAAUUAAUAUUACGUAUCUGAACAUUUUCAAUCUUUCCUCCAUUCCAAAGUAGAUUAAUUCCCUAAAUACAAUAGGUCCAAUUAAACAAUGCAUUAUUUAUGUUAUUUAUACAUUCAUGAAAUUAUUUCCAUUCUUUAUUACAUACAUUAUGUACAUCCUUGUAUUUAUCACGAGUAUGUUAAACAUACAUUUUAUAGUUAUUUAUUAUCAAUCUCUUUAGACAUCUAAAAUCGUUUGAAAAACCGGAAAAACUUGUUGCUAUCUUUCUGGAUCGUACGUUAUCUGACAAAUGUGGUUUGAUGUGCGGUGUUCCAUUGUAUAUAAAUACUUCUAUAAAAUUUUAUUAUUCUACAUUGGUAUUAUACAUAGACUAGCUGUAAGAAUUGUAGCGAUCGUUGAAAACGUUUUUGCGCAUUUCUACGUGUUCUACAGAAAUAAUGAGUUCGAAAUCGAAAGAAAGUGGAAGGAAGAGUCUUUCUUCUUGGGUGACGUGCGAAAAAUGUCAAAUUACUUUGACGCAAAAAGAUGUAGCCAAGCAUCAAGAUAAUUGUCCACCCAAUAUGAACGCGUGGAAACAUGAUUUUAUUUACAAUGAUGUUUUAUAUAGUACCAUAAACACAUACAAAUCACAAGAACAGUCAACAACUAUUUCUGAAAAAACGUUAGACGAUAUGGUAUUUGUUUCCCAAUCGGCUUUACAACUCUGCAACAUUCCAAUAGGAGACUCUGUUGUGGUAGCUGCAGAGGGUAACAUGGUUGUUAAAAUUGUAUGGCCAACCAAAGACAAAACCUUGACUAGUGUUUCGUUAACAAAACAUGCUAUCGAAUUAAAUAAUCUUCGAGGUCUUGUUAAGAUUUACAAGUUCAACUAUCCUGUUUAUAUUGCCAAAGAAGUUGUUAUCAUCAGUGUUGGGAAACAUUCAUUGCCAGAAGUAACUACGGAACUGAACAUAGUAUUGAAAAACCAUAACGAGCAGAAAAUAUUUUCUGUGGGUGAAAAUCUUAGCGUGCCUUUUUAUGGAAAACAAUUAAUGUAUAAGGUUCUCACAGUUGUAUUUGACAAAUGUGCAGAUACUAACUUAUCAGAGGAAUUAAAUCGUUUAAAAUUAACAUCGAAUGAAACAUGUAGCAUACCAUUUCAUAAAGCACUUUAUAACACAAAGUGGACUAUUUUUGACAAAGAGCUAGAAAAAAAGGAAGCUGUACAUAAGAGACAUAAAUAUCAAAUACAAGAUAUCGGUGGAUACGACGCUGUGAUAGAAGACAUUAAAGAUGUUCUUAAUGUUGGUCUUGGUAGAUGCAAAAGUAUAGGAGAUUUUUACAUUAGUAAAGGAAUAUUAUUAUACGGUACCGCCGGUGUCGGUAAAUCGAUCAUUGCCAGUGCCUUAAUAUCCGAAUAUGAUCUUAAUUCUUUUACUAUUUACAGUUCAGAUAUUUACAGUAAAUCCCUUGGCGAAACAGAAACGAAAUUAAAAGAUAUUUUCAUGGAAGCCAAAGCCAAUGCUCCAAGUAUUAUUUUAAUCGAAGAAAUUGAUAGUUUAUGCCCUAAAAGGAGUACAUCGACCACGGAUCAUGAAAGAAGGGUUCUCGCUCAAUUAAUCACACUUUUCGACGAUAUUCAAAAUACGAACGAUAACGUCGUAAUAUUAGCUACGACCUCGAAACUCGACUCGGUUGACAAUUCUCUUAGACGACCCGGAAGAAUAGACAAAGAAUUCGAAAUUUAUGUGCCUACUCCAACGAUGCGAAGUGAAAUACUUCGUAAACUGUUAUCGAAAAUACCAAACACUUUGUCUAACGAAGACAUAGCGAACGUCGCGUUCGUUACUCAUGGAUUUGUUGGUGCAGACUUGUAUGGUCUAUGUUCUCACGCAGUUCUAAAUGCCGUAAAGCGUGAACAGAAAACAAACGUUGACUCUGAUACUUGGUUGACAGUAACGCUACCCGAUAUUAAUCACGCUUUGACUGUCACAAAACCAUCUGCAAUGAAAGAAGUUUUAAUAGAAGUACCCAACGUACGGUGGUCGGACAUUGGAGGACAAAAUGAUUUAAAAUUAAAAUUGAAACAAGCGGUAGAAUGGCCUUUACGUCACCCCGAAGCAUUUCAAAGAAUGGGUAUUACUCCACCUAGAGGUGUUCUGAUGUUUGGUCCACCUGGUUGUUCUAAAACGAUGAUUGCAAAAGCCCUCGCAACGGAGAGCAAAGUCAAUUUUUUAAAUAUAAAGGGGUCAGAGUUAUUCUCAAAAUGGGUCGGUGAAUCCGAGAAAGCUGUGAGAGAGGUGUUCAGAAAAGCCAGACAAGUUUCGCCUUCUAUAGUGUUUAUCGAUGAAAUUGAUGCUCUGGGGAGCGAAAGAACUUCUUCUGCCAAUGGUGGAAGUAACGUACAAGAACGAGUUUUAUCGCAAUUGUUAACAGAACUCGAUGGAGUCACCGCGUUAGGAAGCGUUACGUUAGUGGCAGCCACUAACCGACCUGAUAAAAUAGACAAAGCACUCCUCCGUCCUGGACGUUUAGAUCGUAUAAUAUAUGUGCCAUUACCCGACUACGAAACUAGACAAGAAAUAUUCGAUAUAAAGUUAAGAAACAUGCCGAUCGCCAAGGAUGUAAAUAUUCAAGAUCUAGUCGAACUUACAGAAGGAUAUUCCGGAGCGGAAAUCCAAGCUAUAUGUCACGAAGCCGCCAUGAAGGCACUCGAGGAAGACUUGAACGCAGCUAUAAUUACUAAGGAACAUUUUAAAGCAGCACUGGCUAUAAUUACUCCUCGAACUCCGGCUUCCUUAAUCAAUUUAUACAGCGAUUAUAUGAAUAAAAUAUAUUAAUUAUCAAGA